GCCGGGCCGUGCCGCCCGGUUCCGCUGCUCUCCGCCCCGCGCCGCCCCUCCGGGGGGCCGAGCGGCGCGUCCACCUGCCGGCCCCGCCACCCGUCAGUCCCGCCAUGGCGCUCGGCGGGGUCGGUCGCGGCGCGGCGCGGGCCGCCUGGCCCCGGCUGCUGCUGGCGGCGGCGGCGGCGGCGCUGGCGCUGGCGGGGCCGGCGCUGCCCGAGGUGCUGUUCCGCUGCCCGCCCUGCACGGCGGAGCGCCUGGCCGCCUGCCCCCCGGCCGCCCGCCCGCCCUGCCCCGAGCUGGUGCGGGAGCCGGGCUGCGGCUGCUGCCCGGUGUGCGCCCGCCUGGAGGCCGAGGCGUGCGGCGUCUACACGCCGCGCUGCGCCGCCGGCUUGCGCUGCUACCCCGACCCCGGCGCCGAACUGCCCCUGCAAGCCCUGGUGCAGGGACAGGGCACCUGCGCCCGCCGCCGCGACACGGCCGAGUACGGCGCCAGCGCCGAGCGCCCCGCAGAUAAUGGUGAUGACCGGUCCGAGAGCAUUCUUGCCGAGAACCACGUGGAUGGCACUGUGGGGAUACUGAGUGGAGCUGGUGGGAGGAAGCCCAUGAAGACAGGCAUGAAGGAGCUGGCAGUUAUGAGGGAGAAGGUGAAUGAGCAGCAGCGGCAGAUGGGCAAAGUCAGCAAGGCCCAUCACAACCAUGAAGACUCCAAAAAGUCACGGCUGUCGACGGGCAGGACCCCUUGUCAGCAGGAGCUGGAUCAGGUCCUGGAACGCAUAUCCACUAUGCGGCUGCCAGAUGAGCGAGGUCCCCUGGAGCACCUCUACUCCCUUCACAUCCCCAACUGUGACAAGCAUGGCCUGUACAAUCUCAAGCAGUGCAAGAUGUCUGUGAACGGGCAGCGCGGCGAGUGCUGGUGCGUGGACCCCAUCCAUGGGAAGGUGAUCCAGGGUGCACCCACCAUCCGCGGGGACCCCGAGUGCCACCUCUUCUACACAGCCCAUGAGCAGGAGGACCGGGGAGCACAUGCCCUGCGGAGCCAGUAGACAGACAUGAUCCUGCUGGCUGGAGGUGGCUCACUGUGGCCCCAGUGCUGGAUUUUACGUGGUUUUCAGCGUGUCUCUUUAGGCUCUGGAAGAGACUGGGGUUGGGUCCUGCGUGCUGCCCUCCUUCCUCAGCUGCCUGAUUCCUGGCGAAGGGAGGGAUUACGGGAGGGGAAAGGCGGUGGGGGGUUUGCAAGGAGAAGGGACUGCUUUCUUAGUCUUUCACCCAACAUAAACCAGAGAACCGGUCUUUUUUGCUCCUCGCCCUGCAGCCCUGCCGUCCCUGCUGCUUCGCGGCAUCUUCCUCUACCCUCCAGCACAGAGUGCCAUGUGCUCCCUGACCCCUCCCAGGGGGCAAAACCCCUUGCCAUGGGUGGGAGUGAGUGAAAAAAAAACAAAAGAAAAAGCCCAGCCUUUGCUCCUCUUUUUCUCCCUUCCCCAAUACCAAAGACUGUAAAUACUGUCAUCUGCCUCUUGUGUCCUGCUGGUCCCCUGUGUCCCAGCCCAGCCAUCUGUCCUGGAAUGGGAUGUGCGGUAGGAACAUACCACCGCAGUUGGGAUGUGUUCCCUAAGGAAGCAUUGGUGAGGGAAAGGGCUAAAGAUGAGACAGCUGCUCACCUCACCCCCUAAAAACACUCCUGGGUGCUUCCUUUCCUGAUGCUGGGGCACAGCCAACUCCAUAGGGACUGGCUUCAGCCACUGGUCCAAGAGCAUGGGGCCUUUAGGUGACGACAAAGCUAAAUGCUUGUUUUACGAGGGGAUUUGAAGGGCUUUUGCUGAGUAUUUCUUAGGAUCAGCUUAUACUGAGGGAGCUAAAAUGAACUUGCUGAGGCUGGGUGGAAGGAUGCCUGUGUAGAUUUAGGAUAACAAGCCAGGGAAUGUCUCUCUCUUUCUCUCAUUCAUUUUUUCUUUGUUUCUAGAUAGGAAAAAACCAAAACGCAUCUAAAACCUGCGCUCCCAAGCAGCUGCCCUUGUCCCUCCAUUUUUGCUUGGGACUGGAGUGAGCAUCUGCUAUUCAGCACAUAACUUUUUCUUUUUGUAAGUAAAUUACAGUAUGUAUCUUGCUUCAUAAAGGCCCUGACACACACACACACUCCUCUGCCCACAUACACAUUUGUAUUGAUGAAAUCCAAGUGAUUCCAGGUGCUCUGAGAGGUUUUGCGCUGGACAUGCUGUUCUGAGGAGAGAUGUGUCUCUGCUGUUAAUUCACCUGUUGAUUUCUUUCUGUACAGAACACACCGAUGCUGAGAAUAAAUAACUUCCCCAUUGCCUAAGAAAGGAGAUUUUAUUAUUUUCUUCCUUCUCUUUUUUUUUUAUUUUUUUUUUUAAAUAUGGAUACCCUUUGUAGAGCAAUUGCAAAAACCCUCUCCUAAGAGUAAUAAUAUUGGGCUUUCUUUAAAUGGUUUAUUGCUUUUUGCCCUGCUUCUUGGACCCACAUUUCAGAUCCCAAGUGUGAAGGGCACAGGUGGGCUCUGUAACUUAAAGCCUUUGUGACUUUUUAGAGGUUUGGACAUGGCAGUGGAGGAGACAGGGGAAGGACCUCCUUUGGAAAGUCGGGGGGGCAUAUGUGGAUGUCUACGAAUGGGAGCAUGAGAGAAGAAGAAAACACACCUCCAUGCGAAACCAAGUAACUGUAAAACUGAUGCUACCUGUUUUCUGUUAACAUCUGAGGGUGUUCUGCUUUUUCAUAUAAACCUUGCACAUGCUGGCUCUCA